UUCCGAAUUCACAUUCUCAUUCUCUUAUUAUGGUGCUUUAUGGUGCUUGUGCACCAAGAAUAUAAAAGUUUUAAACAAGCAUUAUGGCCUUUUCAUGCUUUUGGGCCUUUUAUGUUUUUGUCUUACCCCAUGUCUCAUGAAAGAAAGAUGAAGAGAGAGAGAAAAGCAAGCUCUUCAUAUCUUAUAAGAAGUGAAAGAAACCACAAGUAGUUAUAUAUAUCUCUCUAUUUAUCCUCUGAUUUUUAUCCAAAGCAUUAAAAGAAAUGGAGGAUCACUGUAGUCCACUUAGCUGGGGCUAUUACUACCAAGAAGAGGGAAUUGAGGAGUUAAAGCAUUGUCUCUUGUACACAACUUUGGAGCUAGAGACAACAAUUCUAUCUGCUCAUGAGGAGAUUGCAAGAAAAGAAGAUGAACUGGCCCAUCUAAAUCAUCUCUUGACAAAGACCAUCAAAGAAAGAGAUGAAGCCAAAGUACAAUGCCAAAUGCUACUACUGGAGGAAGCCAUAUUCCAACAAAAACAAAAACAAGGACAAUUAGAUGCUGCCCCUUCAUCCGGGACCACUAGUAAUGGAUUUUCAUCUUCGGAUUCUGAUGAAAACAUCAUUGCAUCGCCAUCACCACCACAACUGAUAGACAAUUUAGUACUUAAGAAGCCAUUGCCGGAAAAUGGGAAGUUUUUGGUGGCGGUGAUGGAAGCAGGGCCGCUCUUACAAACGCUCCUCCUAGCAGCACCGCUCCCACAGUGGCAGCACCCUCCUCCCCAACUCAACUCCACUGAGAUCCCACCGGUGACCAUCCCUUCUCCCCUACCGCGGCGGCCUCCUUGCCAGGACACUUGUAUUAGUACAGGUAGGGGUUUCAGUAAGAAGAGGGGUCUAGUGAUGGAUUGUGAAGCCUCUGAUUCUUCCCCAAACACUAAGUAGCAUACCCAAGAAGUGGAUGGCAUGACUCACUAUUAAUGCUAGAGGUUCUUAAAAUAUUAUUAUUAAAUUUAUUUACAUUGACAUUGUUAGAGUUGAGUUUUAGUUGAUUGAUUUUUAAAUAAAUCAACAACUGAUAUGCAACAAUUCAUGUCAUUAUAAAUAUAUUUAAAAGUACUAUUUUAAGAAUUUUAAGCAUUUUCCAUAUAUAAAAUAGUUUGCCUUAGAAAUUAAGAUUCCUAACCUCUAAAAGAAAGAAAGAAAGCAUAUUUAAAGCCUUUCUUAAAACCCUUUUUUUUUUUUGGGUGUUGGAUUGAGACUGGCCUUUCUUUUGUCUAAUAUAACUACUC